UGGACUCACUUCAGUUACGGACAUUGCAGAGCUUCAGUCGUGCACACGAUGAUCAACUUUACCUUGAUAACAGCUUUCAUUCUCUGCAGCCUCAACUGGAUCUGUGUCUCAGUGUCUGAGACUCAGACUAUGGAGGUCCAGUCUGGUCAAGAUGCCAAACUGCAGAUCCCCAAUAUUUCCAAAAAAGAAACUUUUACAUUCUGGUUCAGACUGAUCAAUAGAACCAGAGUCAACUGUAUCUCUAUAAUGCGUAACUCUGAAGCCACAACUGAAUACUGUGAUGGAUAUAACAAUGGAAAUUUUGAAAUGAGAUACAACAUCUCUACUGUUUCUCUCAAGAUCAAAGAAGUGGAUUUAUCUGACUCUGGACUUUAUUUCUGUGGAUUUUACCACAGUGGACGUCCAAUUUUCAGAGUGAUCAAUUUAAAGGUUAAAGAAGAGUGUGAUGGAACAGCAAACCUGAUGAAUGUGAUCCUGGCUGGUCUGAGUGUUUUCCUUGUAAUGGUCAUCAUUGGUCUGGUUGUUCAAAACAGGAAACUUCAGACAGCUGAUAAAGAAGAACAGAAGCCAGAGCAAAGUGAGAAUCAUGGCUCUGAUGAGAUGAACUACGCAGCAGUGACUUUUCAAGCAAAAGUAAAAAGAAGAGAGCUGGAGCCAAAUGUUGUUUAUGCUGCCACCAGAUAGACUCAGGAGGAAACUGGAACUGAUGCUGUAUCACAUUCAUAUGCUCUGGGUCUUUGUCUGGCUUGUUGCUCAGAGGAAGAAACACUCUGGUCAAAAAAUGUCAUUUUGCAAUA